AUGGAGGACGACGCGGAGUGCGAAACGGAAUCGACGAACGCGACGAGCGCGAAGGAUGCGACGACGUUGGGCGAAGUUGGAGCGGUGCCGCCGUUACCGUCGGAACCGCGACCGAGGGGAAGAGGAGAGCGGGGCGGGGGCGGGGACGGCGCGCGAAGCGUUCCCGGCUGGCUUCACGCGGCGGAGGUUGGAGGGAAGAUUCAGCGCGAGCGCGGGAUGAGGAGCGCGAACAAUAUCGAGGGAUUGCCACUCGAUGAAUUUACGAGGGAUAUGACGAGUCUGGGACAGUGGGCGCGCGUGGGAAACGGGGGUAAGAGGGCGAUGGGUGACGCGCUUCGAGCGACGUCGUUUGCGUCGCUCGAGUCGGCGGUCGUGCGAGAGACCUGGCCGCGAGGGAUGAUGGAUGCGUACCUCGACGCGCAAUUUCUCAGAAGUGUCGAGCAAGGAAAGAUGGUGCAAUGCUUCACUGAAUCUGGAGACGCGGCGUGGGCGACGUUUCACACGAAUUUACUGUCGUACGACGAGUUCCCUCUCUUCGCGAUGUUUGGCCGAGAAUUUACACGAAUCGACAAGUCCCAAGCCGUUAACGGAGGGAAAUGGGAGCUGGUGGGGUUCGUCGAUGAUGUCACCUUGCGCGACCCAUCGCAGCCGUGGAACGCGAUCGAGCCAAUCUUGCACGUGCCACCGCGACCGACGUUUGUGGAGGAUCCGUGCGAUUGUCUCUGGAUCGCCGAUGAAACCGGCGACGACGUCGUCCUUGAAAUCGACGCGCGUUUUUGGGAAUCUCUCGAGUCAGAUGCCGUUGUCGCUCUUCUGAAGGAAUUUUCAACGUUGACUGCGCGUCAUCACGCCGGGAUGAGUGCGAUUUCGCGAUUGGCGCGCUUGGUGUCGUACGGCUUCCACGCUCCGGUGCCGAGAUUCGCGCGCUUGCAAGGCGCUCGCGGUCCUGGGAAGGUACAAAUGCUGCUCCCAUUCAAAGCGGAUUCGAAAUCCAUGCAAACGCGCGCCGCGGUGGUGGUAGAUAUAAUCAAAAGUCGCCGCGGUGGGAGGAUGUAUCGGGCCGUCGGUGUCGUAUCGCUUCGAGAGGCAGUGUUUACCGCGCGCGUCAUCGGACCGCUGACGACGUCCGAUUGGUUAAACGCAGACGCCAUCGAACGCUCGCCCUCGAUUUCGGUUUCGCCUCCGGAGAGCGAGAACGCCUGGGAUGAACGGAAAGACGACUAUCCUACUAAAGUCGCGUACGCGACGAUGGCGACGAAAGCGCCGGCCCAACCAGCUGACGGAAUUCAAAUUGCGUCUCCAACGCAACCCGUCGGCAAAAUCCAAAUUCAAAAAACGUCAAAGCCUUCGUCGGCUUCAAACGGAACAACGCCAGCGAUGCCGACGCGCAUGAAAAUUGAUGACUGGUACAAGGCCACGAUCGCCGAUGAUGGUCCGCCGAAAAUUGUGAACCCAAAGACGCUCCGUCGGAGAGCGAAUAUCGCUUGA